GUCCAUUUUCGCUUCGACUUCAUUUUCAGUCUUUCAUCUUCCUCGCCUCUUCUUUUCAUCAUCUUCAUCAUGCAUUUCACAACCCUUGCCCUCUCCGUCGCCCUCGGUGGCUCCCUGGUCAGCGCGUAUCCCAUCACGGGAACCACUGUCAACUGCCGCUCUGGUCCCGGAACCAGCUUCAAGGUUGUCAAGUCGUACAAGCUCAACGAGGAUGUCAAGGUUACCUGCCAAACGCGCGGCGAGAAUGUCAAGGGCGAUACGCUCUGGGACAAGACUUCCGAUGGCUGCUACGUCGCCGACUUCUACGUCAAGACGGGCACGAGCAACAUGGUCGUCGGAGAAUGCAGCGGCGGCGGCGGCGACAACACCCCUCCUCCCCCAUCUGGAGGCAACCUGCCGACCCUCAACGCUGUCCAAAGCAAGAACGCUCGCGCCAUUAUUGAGCAAACCAAAAAGCAGGGGCUCGGCCGACAGGGCUGCGAGGCGGCCAUUACCACUGGUCUUACCGAGUCGCAAAUCAAGAUUCUCGCCAACAAGAAAGUGCCGGCGUCUCUGAAGUACCACUACGACGGCAUGGGCUCUGACCACGACAGUGUCGGCAUCUUCCAGCAGCGAGCCAUGUACUACAAGGACAUCAAGUGCGACAUGGACGCCGCUUGCUCCGCCAAGUUGUUCUUCAACGGCAUGACGGCCAUCAAGGGAUGGAAGACCAUGGAUAUUGCGAAGCUCUGCCAAUCCGUGCAGAGGUCGGCUGUGCCUACUGCCUACCGCAAGUAUACCAGCCAGGCCAAGAAGAUCUGUGCUGCUGGUGGCCUCUAAGGCUGAGCCGACCAUCUUCAGCCUGAUGUAUAUAUCGUUUUGUGAUAGGGGUUUGAAAGACGGUGCGGACGGGAUUCGGUCCAUGGCAUAGAAUGUGGCGAGAUUGUACAUAGUUGAACUUUUACAUGUAUUCACCUUUUGACAC